GAGGACAUGGCAGCUCACGUCGGAGCAUCCCGAACUCCUCAGGAAGUCAUGGAACACUAUGUCACCAUGUACAUCCACGGAAACCUAGGUAAGGCCUGCAUCCCUGAGAGCAUUCCCAACCGGGUUACGGACCACACCUGUCCCAGCGGGGGGCCGCUGUCGCCUAGCCUUACCACUCCUCUCCCACCGCUUGAUAUCAACCUUGCAGACCAGCAGCAGCUGGGCUACAUGCCACUACGUGACGACUAUGAGAUUGAAUAUGACCAGGACGCAGAGAAGCUUAUUAGCGGGCUGUCUGUGAACUACGACGACGAGGAUGUGGAAAUUGAAAUGAAACGUGCACAUGUGGAUAUGUAUGUGCGCAAGCUUAGAGAACGCCAACGACGUAAGAACAUCGCAAGAGACUACAACCUGGUGCCUGCGUUCCUGGGCAGAGACAAGAAGGACAAGGAGAAGGAGAAACCAGGAGCGCUGGGAGUCAUAGGUACUGCUGUUGGGGUAGGGGGGGUAGCAGUUGGCAGUGGCCCAAUUGGAUCAGGUUCCACAACGGCAGUAGGAUCAGGCCCUGUUUCCAGUAUGCCCAAAAGAAAGAUCCCGAAGGAAGAGAAGGAGCAGCGGGUCAGACUGCGGGGGCUCUGUCAGUUCAUGGCUAAUCGGGAAUUUGAAGACUUCUUUGAGAACAUGCAUAAAGAGCGUGUGCUAAGAGCAAAGGUGCGUGAGCUGCAGCGCUACCGGCGCAAUGGCAUCGCCCGCCUUGAAGAGUCUGCUGAAUAUGAAGCAGCGCGCCACAAACGGGAGAAACGCAAGGAAAACAAAAGCAUGUUCACCUCCAAACGGGGAAGCGGAGGAGGAGGGGGCGGGCUUGGCUCUGGGAUUGGACUUGGGGGAGGAGCUGGAGGGGGAGGCGGCAUAGCUGGAGGGUUGGGGGUUGGUUGCGGGAUUAAGGAAGAGGGCAAAGAUGGUGAAUUUGCCGCCAUCGAGAAUCUGACAGGCUUUGAGCUGCUGUCAGACAGGGAGAAGGUGCUUUGUAACUCUCUGAACCUCAAUCCAGCACGUUACCUGACUGUCAAAACCAUCAUCAUCAAAGAUCACCUGCAGAAAAGGCAAGGUAUCCCGGCCAAGAGCCGGCUGCCCAGCUACUUGGACAAGGUCCUCAAGAAGCGUAUUCUCACCUUUUUAACGGAAAGUGGCUGGAUAUCCAGAGAUGCCUCUUAGCGAUCCAUCUUUGGUCAGGAAAUAAUACGUUUAUGAUUCGCUAAAAGCUCUGUAGGCAACUACUGGCAUUUUUCAGAGGUGACAUUGUGGAUAUGUACAUUACAAAGAAAGAAGAUGCCCCACUGGAGGAAAACAAAUAUAUAUUUUCAUACGAGGGCUAAGAAGAAAAUAAGCCUCUAUUUUUAGAUUUGGUAAGGGACAGGGCUGAAAAACAACACUUUGGGUUUGAAGUAUUUUGUGUCCAUAUUUUUACUACAUGAAUGAAAACUACAAUGCUAACAAGUAUAACAUAGCUCCAGAGAUGUUUAAAUGCUGUUGCAAGAGGAUGAUUGUUAGAUUUAAAAUCCAAAAAUCGACAUGGAAAAGGCAAUAGAAACAUAACAUUUCAUGGAAGAGUUUGAGUCAUAAUUGUUGGGUGAAUAAUCACUAUUUUUGGUGGUAGAUGUUUUUCAGGAUUUUCCUCAAAAUAAAUUAAGUUAUUUUUGUUAGUAGGUAAGGCAGGACUUCCUAACUAGAGCUACCGUUUACAUCUUAUAAAAUGUUAUGGCCUUCAUUUUCUAGAUUUUUUUUCAUGCAAACAAUCAAUCUUCUGAAUGUUCUUCUUCUCACUGACUAAUUGGGACAGGAAAAGAAGCAGCAGGGUUGAACAGCCAUCAUGUUUCUUUUUGGCUGAGCACUUGCUUCUGCCUGAAGGCAAUCACAAUGUAGGUUGACAUAGAGCUAGAUGGAUAGAUCUGAUGAUAUAUCAGUAUUGGCCCAUUCGUCAGCCAAUGAGCAACAAGAAAUAAAUGCCAAAGAUGAUUUAAAAGAUCAUUUAGAGUACAUUACACAAUCUGUCAACCAGAGAGAACAGGCUUCAAAAUGCUGUCAGGCUUUAAUUUGUAUUAAUUGAUGUCAGUUUUUCACCUGAAAUUACUAUGGAGGAAGACUUUUUUUCUCAGAAAAAUGAGUGCAGCUUAGCACAGCUUUAAAUCUUCUACUGUCAACAUAAUAUAAUACAGGCAGCUUAAUGUGAAAGGGCAUUUUGCAAUGAUACUAAAAUGCCUAAUUAGAAUUUAGUUAAGCAAGUGUUAAGUCAAGGCAAUUUAAUAGUAAACAUCUUUAUAUUUUUCAACUAGCAGGAACUGCAGUAUGCCUCAAUUUAAUUUCAAAAGGUCCUUACAUCAAACCUAAGCCCUGUGGACGACAGCAUCACAUUCCCAGGUGGUAACUGUCUUUUUUAGGGGAAAUGCUAUUCAUGAGUAGCAUUAGUUCUUAGCUGUAUACAUUGCAGCAAAAGUAGCUUUGCUUUUUUUGUGGUGUUUAAAAAGUAAAUGCUCCCUCUUCACUGUAGAACUUGAGUCGAGGGGGUUAAUAUUCUGUUAUGGUCAACAGUCAUGCUUUGUCAUAUUUCAUCAAUGUUGUGCUCCACACCAUGUACCAUUUUAAUCAACGUAAGGUUGUAUUUCAGAGAUAAAUCUGGUGAUAUUUUAUAUUUCUCUUAUUAUAUACACAUCCCAUGAAAACACCAAAACCACCUAUUGUUUGUAUCAAAACACUGUUGAACUGAGUGGUGUGUCUUCAUUACCGUGAACACACACACUGUCAUUUUGACUCAAUCCCACAUACAUUAACACUCGCUAGACCACUAAAUGGCUGAUAAUUGGCCCGACAAGUGCAUUUCUUCCCAUUUGAGUCAUUUCCUAAAAACUAUGCCACCAAACCUUUUUUUAAGGAUUAAACAUUUAUAUAUAAUAAUGAAUAAUUACUCUGCAAGAGACAAUAGGACAAUGGAAAGUAUUAAGAGGCAGGCAUAAGUUUUGUGUUUUCAUUGAAUUUGAUUAAACUAGAAUACUUUAUAUUUUAAGCCUUACUUUGUAUUGUUAAGUAACACAUCAUCAGGUGCUUAUGCUUGUUUUUUGUUGCAUAACUCUGGGUCUUAGUAGUUCACAAUUUUGAGAAAUGCUUAUAAUACAAAAAUCCAUAUUUCCAACAUAAUUUGUAUACAACAUAUGAUUAAUCAAAUGUACAUUCUGUUCCCAUUGCGUUGCAUAAUAACCCAUGGCUAACAUUUCGGACUGGAGUUUGAUGUAUUAGUCAAUUGUUUAGGUUUAUUGAAGAUGCUGAUUGUACAACUGUUGUGUUGAAGCUAAGGGGAAUGUGUGAGUAUAAUGGCAUUGUUAAAAAACGAAUAAGAAAAGUUCAGGUCAGAUGUCAGCCCCAAGUCCCAAAAUGUCAUCUGAACCACAGUUAAAAAAAAACAAGGCUACAUUUCAGCCUAUACACCAAACUCCAAUCCUGUAGCAUUGAUGCUUCUCAUUUGUAUGAAUAUUAGUUAUCUUCAGAUUUUGACAGUAAAUCUUUCUGCAUGUGCACCCAAAUGUUCAAAAAGAUGCUAAAAUAGUGGCAAUUAUAUUUUUCCAAUGGCUAUAAUAGUUUUUGUAAGGGGGAUUUUGCAUUCUUUUUACAUUUGUAAUAUAAAUUGGGAAAAACAUAUAAUUACCCACAUGUGAAAUGUACAGUAUUUUGUGUCAUGGUAAUGUUCAUAAAUUUGUAAUAAAGUAAAAAUAAUUUUUGAUUAGAGAUGAAGCAUUUUCUGGAGAUUUAGGCAUAAUGGUGACAUGCAGCUGUGCUGCCUAUAAUAUAAUAUCCGGGUUGUAGUCGAAUUGUCCAAAAAUCCGCUUCUCUCGUCUUUUCCUAUCCACUAUUCCUUGACCUCUGUGUGAAAAGUCAAGGUGUUCAGGAAUAGUUGAUAGGAGAAUUCAAAAGGACUUAAGAAAAGAGACUGCUGUACUUUGAGAAUCCGACUGCACUUACACUAUCUGACGUAUUUAUGAUGCGCCAGCGGACGUCAUAAUUGGCGUCUGCUGUGGGGAAACUACAGUUUUCUAUACAGUGGACUAAAUGGAUGUAUAAUAAGAACGGCGGACUACUGUAAACGCAUCACUUUGCACCGUGCUCUUAUGGUGCUGUUUUAUGCUUUAAGGACUUGGACAACAGAGAAACAUGUAUUCUUCAUGACCAAGGUUGGAAUUGAAAUAAAUAAAGUAAAGUGACAUUUGUGCUUGCCACCCUCCGGUCCACACGUAUUAAUCCACAAUAAUCCCAAUAAGGAUGAUUGUAUGAAAAGAUCUUAAAAUAAAGACAAAUGUAUUUGUUAUAAA